CAUAAAACCGUAUAUAAGCCGACCGUUGUAUUUUCGGGUUUAUUCAAAAUGGUGUCAGUUAAAUUAUUUGUAGUUUCGACGCUGUCGUUUUUAGCGCAUCAGAUCUCUGCUGAAUGUUCAGACGUGCCAUGUGCUGCCAAAUUUUAUAAUGAAUCGUCGGUGUGUGUUUGCAACUCGACGUACUGCGACACUAUCACCAGGGUUACCAGUUUUGAAUCUGGUACCUUCGCCACGUAUACUAGCAGUAAAGAAGGCAAACGAUUUUAUAAACAGAUUAAUGAUAUCCAGAGCCGGGACCCGUCAGUGAGCGACGAUGAAGGAAAUGUUUUCCUACUUGAUCCGACGAUUCGUUAUCAGAAUAUCGAGGGUUUUGGCGGCGCUGUCACGGACUCAGCUGGUAUAAACUUGAAGAGCUUACCUUUAGCAGCGCAACGGAAAUUAAUUAAUUCUUAUUUCAGUGAUGUAGGUAUAGAAUACAACAUGCUCCGUCUGCCGAUCGCCUCAACGGAUUUUUCGACACGUAUCUACUCUUACGAUGAUUAUCGUAACGAUACAGAUCUAGACAAUUUUAAAUUAGCUAAAGAAGACUAUGAAUAUAAGAUUCCGUUCAUUCAACAUGCUAAAGAUGUCGCCACUGACGAUAUUCAUAUAGUCGCGGCAUCAUGGUCACCACCUAAAUGGAUGAAGACUAAAGACAGCAUGGUCGCAGGAGGUUCCGUAAAACAUCGGUUCAUGCAGGACUACGCUGAAUAUCAUUGCAAAUUUGCAGAGGCUUACAAGAAGAAUGGCAUUGAUAUCUGGGCUAUGUCAACAUCAAACGAACCAACGUCCCCUCUGCUGAGGACUCCUUUCCAAAGCACGUUGUGGUAUGUGCCGGAUAUGGGUGCCUUCAUUUCGAAGUAUCUUGGACCAACAUUAAGGAAUUGCUCGGCGGAAGGAAUUAAGUUACUCACUAUUGACGACCAACGUGGCUUAAUUCCACUGUUCUCUGCGUUGUUUUCAAUUAUAGCGCCGGAAGCCAUUGAAUACGUAGACGGUUUCGCUCUGCAUUCAUAUUUUAAUAAAAUAACCCCACCCUCUAUGUCAACAUUCCUCCUGAAACAAUUUCCAGAUAAAUUUGCUCUGGUGACUGAAUAUUGUGCAGGAUCUUCGCCGUCCGACGAACCGAAAGUAGAUUUGGGUUCCUGGGCGAGAGCUAAAGACUACGUCCAAGAUAUUCUAGAGAAUCUCAACAGCAAUUUUGUCGGUUGGGUGGAUUGGAACUUAUGUUUGAACAGACAAGGCGGUCCGACCUGGGUCGGGAAUUUUGUAGACUCCCCGAUCAUAGUUGACGCUAAAAAGAAAGAGUUCUACAAACAGCCCAUGUUCUAUGCCAUGGGACAUUUUUCUAAAUUCCUACCGAGAGGAUCACAAAGAAUACAAAUGUCUGCUGGUGCCGAUAACCAAUGUGACAAGUGCGUUAAGGAUCCGUCCAAAGAAUACAUUGCCUUCAUGACGCCCGAAGACACAAUUGUGGUCAUAAUAUAUAAUGACGGGGAAGCACGCGAGGCGACAUUACGAGUGGGCACGUGUGACGUCAUCACCCAACUCGAUGCAAAUUCCAUUACAACCAUCGAAAUACCGACCACACAACACGAUGAAAACAUGGACUGUAAAAUCGUAGUGGACUAAAAUAAUAUGUUGUGUUUUUGUUGAUUUGCUGUUGUUUUCAUAUUAUAAUUUUACAAAGUAUUGUUUAAAAAUAUUUAAUUCUUUACAAACUGUCAAAAUAUUCAUGAUCAUCUACAUAUGUUAUAUCGUAAUUUACACAACAUGAAUCUAAUAUUAUUUCUAGAAGAGUCGUGAACAAUACUUUACACAUAAUAUUUAAUGUUUUUUUUUUAUUUGCGUUUUGUGAAGUUUUGACGGCCACUUAUAUUAUACGAAGACAUAAAAAACCUUU